GCUCUCGCUGGAGUCAAUCCAAUCGCCCGUGGCUGAGCGAUCUUCCCGAAUGAUAAAAAAUAAUAAAAUUCUCUCUUUUUGUCCGGCAUCCCAAGAAGGAACCAGGCUCAUCGAUGGCGAGGGGCACUUCGCAGUCGCAGGCGUCGUCGAACGCGGGGGGCGCGCGGCCGGUCACGGUGGGGCCACGGGGUUCGGCCGCGGCCGCUGCGGGGAUGCGGCGGAGACGGCUGGGGGGCGGCGGCGGCGGCGGAGGGGCCUCUGGCGGCGGGAGCAACAUGCUGAGGUUCUACACCGAUGACGCCCCGGGCCUCAAGAUGACGCCCACCGUGGUCCUGGUGAUGAGCCUCUGCUUCAUCGGCUUCGUCACCGCCCUCCACGUCUUCGGCAAGCUCUACCGCUACCGAUCCGCCACCACAGGCGGUGCUUGAUCGUCCCGCCGCCCGAUCUCACUAAGUCCAAGGACGCACACCAAUCUGCUUGUCAAUUACAUAUGCUCUAAAAAUUGGGGAACAGACUCCUGAGAGAAAAGGCCCAGGUGAGGUUGGGUGCCUAAUCUCUAGCUAUAAGGCUAUUGGCUCUUGUAAAGAACCAGCUAGCAUGAUGGUAAGGACUUUUGGUGGUUAUACUGGACUUCAGAGUGAAUUUGGCAUGCUUAAAAGGAAAAGAGGAACUGAGUAGCUAAAGAUCAUUAAAUUUAAAUGUCCGCUCUUUGCUGCAUUUUUUCCCCCCAAGGGCUGCAUAUAUUUUGGAAGUUUUAUGCCUAUAGGUCUUUGUUUCAACUGUUAGAUGUAUGUUAGCAAGUCAGCUGUAAAAUCUUAU